AUGGCUCGUCUUGCUGGAGAAUGAUUUCAAUUUUGCAUGGCCCCGAUGCGUCUCUUAUCAAUUCUCUGUUUGUUUCCUAGCUGCUGUGUGUCAAUAGCACAUCGAGGAGUGGCCAAAAAGGGAACUUCAUAGUGCCUCUGGUUUAUUUAAGCUUCUUCAGGUUGUUGCUUCCAAACGUUGUCUUGUUACACAAAUGGCGGGAAAGCCCGUUGUUCUCUCCGGAUAUCCCUAAUUAUAGGUUACAUCGCAUGCCAGACGGAUUCGGCCCCCGUGAUACUGUACUGUAAGCAAGGUUUCUGAUGGACUGUUUUGUACAAUUGUUUCAACCCCGCUCAAGGCGCAGCACAAGACGAAGCACCCCUUAUGGAAACAGUUCACGUAUAAUCCUGAGUUAGAAGAGCGUCAUUCUUUGUCGUUUAUUCUAGUGUUUCCUUCUUCGAAGACACAUCUCAUAAUACUUAAUCACAACCAUAGCGAUACCUCGGGUACCACACCACUACAUUUAUUCCUAUGAGCCUCUGAAAUCCCCAAGAGAAUUCCGCUUGAUUAAAUUUCGCGACUUUCUUCACGGCGAAGAUUGUUCGCUCCAUAUUUUCGAUAUCGACGACCCCGAGCGUCCCACGUUUUCUGCGUUCAGUUACACCUGGGGAGUGCCAUUGAGCACCUCAAAAUCCAAAGAUGAUUAUGGACCCGAUAGUUCGAAGAUAUUAAUACUCGACACCGAGUCUGAUCCCAAGCAAAUUGGAGUACUCAAGAAUCUGUAUGAGGGGCUUGCGCAAUUGUCCAAAAGCAACCGGCCGGAAUGGCUCUGGGUGGAUGCUAUCUGUAUCAACCAAGAAGACAACGAGGAAAGAUGUUUGCAAGUGACUUUGAUGGGGGCUGUUUACAGUUAUUGUCAGCAAGUAAUUGUAUGGCUGGGCAAGGACGAAAGCGAUCUGAAGGACUUCAAGUUUCUCCACGAAACAUUUCUACCGAUCCUAUGGGAAUACGGCCAGGCAAAUGGUCUUGAAAAGAUUCUGAAAGCUAAUUGGACGUUGGAUAAUGUCAAAGAAAGACUCAAACUGGACACAGAGAAGUAUUGGAAGAGCUAUGCGAAGUUUUACGAUGAGCGACGCUGGUUUUCUCGCGCUUGGGUUCUUCAAGAGCUAACACUAGCCCAAAAAGUUGUGGUUCUCGCAGGGAAGUCGCGGCUUGAUUGGGAUGAUAUGUCUACUCUGGCAAACAUCAUAUCAUUGAAUGGCUUAGGUUUGCUUCUUCAAAAGUCUCUGCCCCAAUCAAAACGUGGUAGUCGGCAGAUAAUUGGAUUUGGGUGUCUUCGACUUCAUACAUUUCGCCAAUUGUACCACCAAUUAGCAAUGCCUGAGUCCUUUACACCGGCAUCGAGGUCUUCCACGUGGAAGAGCGUAGAGUCAACUGAUUCAACUAUAUCAACUACAUCAACUACAGAAAGCGUAUCAUCGUCUACAAUCUCAGAGUUAAUUCCCAAAAAGGGGCGCAAGCUGGCUAGGUCGCUUCGAGAGCAGUCGAAAGCACACAUCCCCCAAAUUACUAAAGUCUUCGCUUCUUCUAGAUCCCCUAGGCUCAAUUCUUGGGGUUCUGUUAAGAAUUGGAGUACUGCGAUGAAGUCAAAAUUUUCUUAUGUUUACAGUUCUGGCUUGAGUGGACGGCGAGCAGAUGCUACUGGUUUCAGCCAAUGGACAACUGCCCUGAUUGAUAAUCUGAUCCCUAAUGAUAAUCCGAAAGAUCGAUGGAACACUGUCUUUCUUUGUUGCGUUCAGUGGGUUCGGUACUUUGAAGCGACGAAGCUGCAUGACAAGAUCUAUGGGAUUCUCGGCAGUAAGAAAGACCCGUUCCCUUUACUAUCCCAUCCAAGUGCACCUUCUUUCAUGCAUGACACUCUUUGGGAAUAUAAGUCUAAUCUUUCCCAGUCAUCGAUAUGCUACGACCGGCACAUAUUCCUCCACCAAUAUAUCCUGAUUACAAUAGAUCAGUCGAGGAAAUCUACACUGACAUUGCUUACUACUUUGUCGAGAAUUUGCCUCACUUAACCAUACUCAGUUGUGUCCAAGACAGACAUGCUCGUCAACUUAAAAGUCUUCCAUCCUGGGUUCCGGAUUUCGCAUCCCUCUCAAACGAAGACUUAUCUUUCACAUCCACAGCGAAUUGGAACGCUUCAAGGGCUGGAAUAGUGCAAUCUUACCCCCGGAAAAUAGUAAAGUCAACGUUAGCGCUGCGCGGCUCAUGCUUUGAUGUCAUUGAUGACACUGUCUCGGUAUUCGCCCCUCAAAACUGGGCAGGGGAUGGCUCUCGACUUCCAGACGGCUCGAUCAUGUCAGUUCAUAUUCUGGGCCAUUUUGAGAAAAUCAUCAGAUUCGCAUGUGAAACGAAACCUUGGCCAUAUAAAGUAUCACGCCUAGAAGUGCUGGUCGCUACUUUGGUAGCCGGUCAGUUGUCAGCUAUAUCACUCAAGGACACGGGAGAGUCUCACGAUGAAGAACAGAAUUCAUACUUUCCAUCCUUUCUUCCAGCGAGUCCGAAACAGCUGCCUACUACUGAAGACACUGGACUUGGAAUAGAUCUAACUUCGUUAUCGCUAUCUCCAGAAUGGAAAGCAAGCCCACACAGAAGGGGAACCUCUGAUGUCUCGUCAAUCUCGCCUUCAGAAACCCAACCCAUACGAUCCAAGUCGACAUCUCUCGGGAAUUCCUCAACCAUAGUUGCCAGUCCGGAACCAUUAGCUCAGGAAGAUUUUAGUAGUGAAAUGAGACCGAGUAAAUCUUUUCCUCCAACACCAAAGCACAAACAUUCCCUCAACGCAAUUGAGAGAUUUCCGUACGCGAAAGGAGUGUUCCAGUUUCGGAUGUGGGUUUUGUGUAUGCUCAUUGCAGGCAGUUUCAGCGAAGAGACCGAACCAAUGGUAGAUUCCUGUCUUGGAGCCAUCUCACAGUUAACAUUUCUUUGCCCCCCAGAAAUCGGGCAUUUGCCGACACGAGCGGAAGUUGCUGCUGCCUCUGGCUCAGCGAAAGGCAACAAAACUAUGCAAACUAUGUUUCAAGGGAUGGAAGGUGCCACGGGAGUUGGUGAUUUUGCGGAUGGACAGUUCUCCGAGUUUGAUGUGAGAUGGAGUAAAACACAAGGGUCACAAAAGAUGUACCGAACGAAAAGAGGGUAUUAUGGAAUGGGUCCUGUGUCCUUGGAAAAGGGUGAUGAGGUUUGGGUUAUUUGUGAUGCGAGGGUUCCUUUUGUUUUGAGACCUUCAGUUGCUGUGGAGGGCGCUUUUGAGUUGAUUGGAGAAACUUACCUGCAUGGUUGUAUGCAUGGGGAAAUGAUGACCCCUGAUCAGCUGGAAAGUAUUGGACCUGUGUCCUUGGUGUGAGAAAGAUCGCUUAGUGCAUAAUAUUUACGUUGGAGGCCCCUCAGAUAUUCGCCUCCCUCCCUUUGCUUUGAAGGUUGGCCAGGCAGAGGACCAGUUUAAUGGGUACUUCUUGACGAACAUUGAUUAUGAAGUCACUGUCUACAUAUGGUGGCUAUGAGAUAUAUGAAAGCUACGCUAUCAGGAUGAGUUGAGAUAAAAGCCGAACUCUGACCGAACUGGUGGUGUCUGUCUACAAGAUAGGAUUGGUCUGAGAAUGAGUAAGUUGACAAAUUUGAUAUCCACAUCUGCGACAUACCGCAUCGAGUGUAUCUCGCGUCACCUCAUCCUUCCUAGAACAAGCAUUUUCUGCAUCGAAAGAUCUGCAGCCCUUCGAAAGAAGCUUUAUUUCAAGGCUUAGCCUAUAACCCCAG